AAGAAGUAGAAAAUAUCAUGCCAGAAUUUGCUAGAAUCCUCUGUUCGACCAAGAAAUUAAAAUAAAAAAGAAAAACCGAAUCUCCCAACUGAUAAUCAGGAUAUACAUUUUAUCAACGGAGAACGGGAAAGCAAAGUACCAGAUGCCAUGGACCGUAUGGACGCCGAUAUGAUGGAGUCGGAGGGCACCUCUGCCACAGUCACCACGCCACAGCAACAAGGACAAAACGAUGUCGGUAAAGACCUGCUCACAAUGGCUCGUAACCUUAUCGAUGAAGGCAAGCCUUCUCAGGCUCUUCAAGCGGUCGUGAUGGCCAUGAGAACCAGAGGUGGUGAUGAAGCUGUAUUUCAAUCGUUGUACCGUGCUCGUGAAGUGUACAGAACUAGAAUGCAAGAAAACACUGCAGUUGAUCAGCUGGCUUCUUUGUUUGCUGAGUGUGCAAUAGCUGAAGCCCAGCCUUCAAAAGCUGAAUCACUACCAUGCUACCCUAAUGGUCCAUCAGUUGCACCAGAUGCUCAUGGGACUUCUAUUCUUGCUGAAACAGGCAGAAUGCAAAUUGUAUUGGAUGCAUUCUCUGAUGGAAGUAGCUUUAUCUGUUUACAGUGCGGGGGUCUUGUUAGUAAUGAUCGCAAAGAAGAGCACUAUGCAUACUGGUGUGGCAAUAUGUGAUGUGCUGAUACAUGGAAUGUAAAUUUGCUCACUUUAUAGACUUCUUCGAAUGCAUGAACAUGAGACUCGUACUUCUCUUAUUACUCUGUCUGCAUUGUUGAUAUGGGCACAAAUGUUGUUGGUGUACCGUUGACAAUUAGUAGCAAGCCAAUUCGUCAAUCAAAAGUGAAGCAAACCUGGUUCCUUGCUGAGAGUUUGAAUACUGCACUCCUCUAUGACUCCAGUAAUGAAGUUUUUAUUACAGAACAAUGCGAGUUAAAACGUGCUUGAGUGAACAAUGAUGUAGUCAAGUCAUUGUAAUCAUGUCUUAUUGUACCAAAGUUUGGGAAAUGUUACUUUUCUUCUAUUAAAUCUUUCCACA